AUGAUGAGCAAGUCCAAAUACCACGCAGAAACAUCCACUACAAAUAUCAACCUCGCCGAAAUGGUCAUGGACUCCGACCUCUCUGACCCAGCACCCUUGCAAGCCACGAACAAGCCGCAAUUACAGUUUCCACAAAUUCGCUCGCCACCUCCUUCACCCUCCUCGACUCCAGCCCGCUCGAUGCUCAUCCGCCCCAUCGACAUCCCACACCGCCUCUACCGCGUCGAGUUUCAGACUUCCAAAUCCCCUACCUCACCAGACCUCGUCGGCUUCGCAGCAGCAGAAGCCAGCAUCCCCUUUCCGAGAACCGUCUCGGCCCUUCAAGACGAGAGGGUGUGGGCUGCUGACGGGAGGAUGUUGAGUGUAGUGGUCAGGGUAAGUGACUAUCUGGAGGACGGAGAAGGGGAGAGUGAUGUUGGGGAGUAUCUGGCUUGGAAGAGCGUUAAGGGGGAUGCUGUGUAUCCUGUGGAAAGCGGUGGAUACUGGGACAUCAAGAAAAAGAGGAUUUGUGAGGUAAGGGGGACGCUAGACGCGGUGAGGGCCGAGGGACAGCUGAGUGUUGAGGGUUCUGAAAAGGAUGAGGAGGAAGGAAGAGUCGGCAUGGGCGAUUCGAUCGGAGAAUUUGGUGAAGCAGAAGGCGGCGAUGCGAGACCGAGACGGAGCGGAAGGUUCAGCCAAGACGCGACAGCCGUCAGUUUGUGUGAAGGUGGAAGCCAGAAGCCGACACACUCGCAACUCUUCAACUGCGGUAGCUCGGAGGGCUUCGAAGACGAGACUGAAACUCAGGAAGUCUUGGCUGUCAAGCGAGGUCGAUCGAAUGUUUGGCCGGUGAGAUCUAUCCUGGAUCACCGACCUGCAGGCAGUACACAGAAGGGCGCGAGGGGGUACCAGGUUUACUGGGGCUCGCCAUGUAAAUUUACAUGGCUCAAGACUAAUAAUAUCCGAAGAGGAUCGAUUGAAGAGUAUUGGAAGGGUAGGGAGAAGAAUUAA